ACAGCCCGCCUUCGUUCUUGAUUCACGAUGUCUUCACCGGUCUACGACUUCACCAUCCCCACCUUCAUCAAGGGCCUCCAAACCCUGGCCGCUAUCCUGAAGCUCGGUGAAGACUACGCCAAAGAAAAUGGCAUCCCGGCGGAUGAGCUCCUCAAUGCCCGCCUCUAUGAGGACAUGAGGCCACUCACCUUCCAGGUGUACGCGGCCGUCAUGCCCACGCUCAAGGCUGUUGCCCGAUCCACAUUCACUGAGCUCCCCACCGUCGAAAACAACGACAAGACCUUUGAGGACCUUUACAAGAGUAUUGAUGAGACUAUCCAGAAACUGAAGGUCGUGGAGGUCAGCGCCUUUGUGGGCAAGGAGCAAACCGCAUUCAAGGCUCCGAUUGGGCCUUUUGAGCUCGACUUCACGCCAGAAUCGUACUCGGUCAACUUUGCCCUGCCCAACUUCUACUUCCACAUUAACACCGCGUACAGCAUUCUGCGCUCCAAGGGUGUGCCUUUGGGUAAGCAGGAUUAUCUUCGGAACUUCCUCGCCUAAUCCAGGGAAAUUAAGGGAUCGCUGGGAGGAAUGAGAUUCUGCUUGGUUGCUGGUCAUGUAUAUAGGACAGGUUGAAAUUCCUUUAGAAAUGAAGAAUCAGAGUCAUCUUACUC